AUGGCAUCUCAUGACCAAAGCUUCAAAGCUGGUGAGGCCAAAGGCCAAACUCAGGAGAAGAGCAACCAGAUGAUGAGUAACAUUGGGGACAAGGCCCAAGCUGCAAAGGACAAGACGGCCCAAACAACCCAAGCAGCAAAGGACAAGACCCAGCAGGCAGCCCAAGCUGCAAAAGAGAAUUUUUCGUCUUCUCACUCUGUUUUGGGUGAUUUUGCAUUGGUUUUGGGUGAAAAGGAAAAAAGUGGUAGUGAAAAGGAGAAAGUAGCAGAUUAA